GCUCUCGCCGUCCCACGAGUGCUGGCUGCGCUUUUGGAAGCCGGAUGGAACGAGCAGGAAAUGUCCGUCUCCAUUCCGGCUUGCCUGCAGCCGUGGAUGGAUGGAAAGGAAAAGAUUGUUCGCAAGACUAUCUCAUAGCACCCAAGCACUUUACAUAGUCCUGGCUUGAAAUGAGGACACGGACAUGGUAUCUUUUGUAACAACACUUGUAUUCGCACUCCUUUGUAUGAGCAUUGUCACGUGCAUCUGGCGCAUCUCGGUAAAAUCAAAAGUCGAGUCGUCGAGGCUCAUCAAAACACAUGUUCAUCAUAUGGCACACGGCUGUAGGGAGGUAAUAAUUUUAUACUUUACUACUUCCAACACACUGCCUACAAUACUAAACAUCAACUGGACUCUUACCAGCAAUACCAAUUUCAGACAAAAGAGAAAGGAAACCCAAUAACUCCAUUUUGAUACAAACUACCGUUCAUCCUAGGUGACGCCGACCCAGCAGGCUCAUGCGUUAU